CCCGCCACUGGCAAGGCCGUCACCGCCGUCGGAUCCGUGGACAACCGCCAGCUCGUCGGCUACAGUGCCGAGACGGUCGGCGCGUCGGGCGAACAGAAGCAGAUCGUUACCCUAACCGGCCAGCCCUGGACGUUUGGCAAAGGCGACCCAACGACUCUACCCGUUGUACCCGUCACUACGGACCCAUCCGUGAUGGACGACGCGUGCAAGGCAUUGCCUCUUACGACCGACUACACCGGCAAGGUCGUCGUCGUCGGCCGCGGUACGUGCACCUUUGUGACCAAGUUCCAGAACAUUGCCGACCGUGGUGGCGAGUAUGUGCUCGUGUACAAUACCCCGUACCCUGCCUCGAUCACGUAUGUCGCCGCCUCAAUCGACGGCCAGCAGGUCGCGUCACUCACGCGCGAUGAUGGGCUCUACCUCAAGGCGCAGUACGCGGCGGGCAACCCGAUCAAGCUCGACUUCUCGCACCAGCAUCCUGUCACGACGGCCGACACCAACACGGGCGGCACGAUGAGCUCCUUCUCCACCGUCACGCCAACGUGGGAGAAUGACAUCUACCCCGGCAUCAGCGCGCCUGGCGGCAACAUCCUCAGCACAUGGCCCAUCGCGCUCGGUGAGUACGCAAUCAUCUCUGGCACCUCGAUGGCCACGCCGUUUGUCGCGGGUAGCUCAGCCAUGUACAAGAGCAUCAAGGGCAAGAAGUCCGCCAGUGCGACGCAGCUCCGCACCAUCUUCAGUUCCACUGCCAACCCGGUCGAGCUGGUCAACUCGACCUUCCACGACACGGUCGUCAAGCAGGGCGGCGGCCUGAUCGACGUCAACCGCGCCGUCUUCCACACCACCACCGUCUCGCCCGGCAGCAUUGCGCUCAAUGACACACGCCACUUUAAGAAGGGGCCACAGCAGAUCACCAUCACCAACUCGGGCACCAAAAAGCAGACGUACGAGGUCUCUCACCUACCUGCCGCCACGCUCAACACGAUGGACCCGUCAACCGGCUUCUUUGAGCUCUUCCCCGUACCUGUCGUCAAGAACGCUGCCCACAUCGAAUUCAGCACGACCAAAUUCAGCCUCUCGCCCGGCUCGAGCAAGAUGUUCAGCGCGACGUUCAAGCCGCCGAAGGGCCUCAAUAAGAAUGACAUCCCCAUCUACAGCGGUUACAUUCAGAUCAAUUCCACCAGCAGCCCGGAAUACGGCACGGUCCAGGUGCCGUACAUGGGCGUCUAUGAAGACAUGUACACUGAGGCCGUCCUCGACACGAGCAGCGAGGAGAUUGGCGAGCCGCUGCCCGUGCUCGCCGAUGCAGAGGGUAACAUCAUCCACGAUGACGCGCACAUCUUCACCUUCACCAACGACUCAUCAGGCAAACUCGACGCCCCCGCGCUCUACUGGCGCAUGCGCCUCGGCUCCGCUCUUGAGAGCGUCGACCUCAUCUCUGCCGACACUAAAUUCAAGCCGACGGUGCCAAUCAACGACGGCUCCUCGUCCGCGCCGGCCACGCGCCGUCAGCUUCGCAGCGACGCGCUCACCAAGGUCAGCCGCAAGCACGCCGAUCUCCACACGCCCUCGGCCCACGAAUCCCAUUACGCGCGCACCGUUGCCGCGGCCAGCGACGGCAGUCGGAAGUACAGCACCAUCAAGACGGUCGGCAACAUCCUCAGGCAGGCAUGGGCCCCGCGCGACGCGGUCAGCGGCAUCUCCAGCGUCCAACUCGAGCCGACGGUUUCGACGGACAAUGCUACUUCGACGCUCACGAUCCCCGACGGAAAAUACAAGCUGCUGCUGCGCGUGCGAAAGCUGUUUGGUGACGCGGACAAGGAGGCCGACUACGAGUCAUAUCUCUCCCACACAUUCGAAAUCCAGACGACUCCUGCGAGUCAGAAUUAGAAUCGCUCGCCUCGUCUACUUUUAUUCACUUUCGAUUUCGCUCUCUACACAUCCUUGUUGGUAUAACUUGCAUCUUUCUUCACUGUUCACUCACACUACGCCUGCACUCACCGCCGGUCAUGCAAAAGGGAAUAAGCGUAAAAGCUUGGAAUCAACACAGACGUACAGUCUAUACACUGUCCCCGUUCUUUGGUCUUAUGUACGCUCAUCUCGCUCCCCACGUUGCAACGCAUACGCAUUGCCAGGAGACAUAUGCAGCAGCCCAC